AAAAAUGCGCAAAAGGUUAUUGCCAUCCCGUGGAUCAUGCGCAGUAGAACGCUUUCGGUACUUUGUCGAAAUAAACGGUCUUUGAGUGCCUCGCUGUCGUACAAGUGGCGUUGAGGUGUUUGUUAAUACGUGCAAUCUGGAAGAUAUGGAAGUAGACGAUUCGCCUAAGAACGAUAAUUCUACUUUAAAUGGAAGCGGUUCCCAGCAAUUAAAUGGUUUAACUAACGGUUAUCCAGAAAAACACAAAAGUCACAAAUCCGACCACAAGGAUAAACACCGAGAGAAAGAUCGCGACAAGCAUCGGAGCAAGGAUCACAAAAGUUCGAGUAAAGACAAAGAAAGACACAGUUCUAAGGACAAAGAUAGACACUCUUCCUCGCAUAAAUCGUCCCGGAGCGAUAAGGAGAAGGAUAAACAUCGUGACAAAGAUAAACAUCGCGAAGAGAAGAAGUCAUCCAAGGACAAGGAGCAUAAAAGUUCCCGAGAGAAGGAGCACAAAUCUAGCAGUUCCAAGGAUAAGGAGCGCGAGGAGAAGCGGGACAAGUAUGACAAAGACAAACAUAAUUCCUCUCGAGAUAAGCACAGCAGUUCAAAGGAUAAACAUCGGGACAAGGAGAAAAGCCAUUCCAAAGACAAAGAGAGGAAACGCGAAAAAGAGACACAUCACAAGGUGAAAGUCGAAGUGAAGCCGGAUACGGACUCCGCUAGAGAAGAUUCCUUAGAUGAGGAUGAACCAAAAUUGGUAAUCAAAGAGGACAGUCGAUCACAAAGCGAAAGCGAGUUGAACGCCUCGGCUGCAAGCAGCUGUGAUUACAAUUUGUCACAGUUCAAAGACGAACCUAAAGAGGAGCUCGAGGAGGAGGAAGAGGAAUAUCAACCGCAAGAAUCUCAGAGUAGUGACGAAGACAUUCCAUUGGCCAAUCGCUCGAAGAGGAAGAUUAAAUCCGAAGAUGAAGAAGAGGACGAAGAUGAUGACGUGCCUUUGUCGUCACGGAAAAAAGUUAAAAAAGAAAAGAAGGUGAAGUCGGAGAAGAAGGGGAAAAAGCGACCAUUGAGUGAUGAUGAUGACGAAUAUGAGGAGAAGAAGGUGAUUAAAAAAGAGAAGAAGAAAAAGAUUAAAGAGGAGGUGACGAUUGAAAGUCCAAAGAAAGGAAAGAAAAAAAAGGAGGAAGAGCAGCAGGAAGUGUGGAAAUGGUGGGAGGAGGAAAAGAAAAAUGACGGCACAAAGUGGACGUUUUUGGAGCACAAGGGACCCGUUUUUGCGCCACCUUACGAGAGGCUACCGGAUAACGUGAAAUUUUAUUAUAACGGCAAACACAUUACACUCUCUGAAGAGGCCGAGGAAGUCGCCGGUUUUUACGCCAAAAUGUUAGAUCACGAUUAUACCACGAAGAAAAUCUUUAACGACAACUUUUUCAAAGAUUGGCGGAAAGUGAUGACGCAAAAGGAGCAAAGUGUGAUAACGAACCUAGAGAAGUGCAAUUUUAAGGAUAUGCACGCGUAUUUCAUGGAAGUGGCGGAGAAGAAUCGCAAUCGUACAAAGGAGGAAAAGUUGGCUUUGAAAACAAAGAACGAAGAGAUCAUUAAGGAAUACGGUUUCUGUAAAAUCGACGGUCACACAGAGAAAAUUGGCAAUUUUAAAAUAGAACCGCCAGGUCUGUUCCGAGGUCGCGGUGAACAUCCUAAGAUGGGCAAACUAAAGAAGCGCGUUAUCGCAGAGGAUAUCAUUAUAAAUUGCAGUAAAGAUGCGAAGGUUCCUAGUCCGCCCAAAGGACACAAGUGGAGGGAGGUGCGACACGAUCCUGCAGUUACGUGGUUAGCGUCGUGGACGGAAAAUGUUCAAAAUCAGGUGAAAUAUGUCAUGUUAAAUCCGAGUUCAAAGUUAAAAGGCGAGAAAGAUUGGCAAAAGUACGAAACCGCCCGCAAGUUACACAAAUCGAUCAAUAAAAUACGAGAGCAGUACAAGGACGGUUGGAAAUCAAAGGAAAUGCGUAUAAGACAAAGGGCGGUCGCGUUAUACUUCAUCGAUAAGUUGGCGUUGAGAGCUGGAAACGAAAAGGAUGAAGAUCAAGCGGAUACAGUCGGUUGUUGUUCUCUACGAGUGGAACACAUCGAAUUACACAAAGAGAAAGACGACAAGGAGAACGUCGUCGUAUUCGAUUUCUUAGGUAAAGAUUCGAUUCGCUAUUAUAAUGAAGUUUCGGUCGAAAAACGCGUAUUUAAAAACUUGCAAUUAUUCAUGGAAAACAAAAAGGAUGGCGACGAUUUAUUCGAUCGUUUAAAUACGAGCAUCUUAAAUAAGCAUCUCAACGAGUUAAUGGACGGAUUGACCGCUAAAGUGUUUCGUACUUACAACGCCUCAUACACCUUACAGCAACAGUUGGAUAAACUCACAAACGAAGACGAUUCCAUCUCCGAGAAAAUUCUCUCUUAUAACCGUGCCAAUCGAGCGGUAGCUAUACUGUGUAACCAUCAGCGCGCCGUGCCGAAAGGUCACCAGAAGUCGAUGGAAAAAUUGAAAGAGAAAAUUGACACCAAGAAGGACUUGAUUAAGGACGCCGAACGGCAAGUUAAAGAUGCUCAACGAGACGCAAAGCACGGCAGUGUGAAGGAGAAGACUGUUUACGAGAAGAAGAAGAAGAUGCUGCAGAGGAUGAAGGAGCAGCUCGCGAAGUUAGAAAUUCAAGAGACUGACAGGGAUGAAAAUAAGACAAUCGCCCUGGGGACGUCGAAGUUGAACUACUUGGAUCCUCGUAUUAGCGUGGCCUGGUGCAAAAAGUACGACGUCCCCAUUGAGAAAAUUUACAACAAAACUCAACGCGACAAGUUCCGUUGGGCCAUCGACAUGGCAGGUCCCGAUUAUCGGUUUUAAUUUUCGACGUACUUCAUUGUAUUUACUUUAGCCAAUUCAGUUUUCUUUAUUGUAGUGUGGAACAUUGUUUCUAGGUGUUUAGGUUCGACUUCGUAUGUGAUGUUUAAAGAAAAGUUGUUUGUAUAUACAGAUUAUCGCAAUUUUUCAUAUUUGAAAAAGUGACUAAAUAAGAAUGUCAAUUGAAUUCCUUUUAAUUUAGUGAAACAUUUCAUUUUAUAUUGUGUAGUUGUAUUUUAAUGGUGAUUCAAAGUUGGUACGAGUGUUUUAUUAUAUCUGAUAUGUUUAAUUAUCGCAGGAAGACCAAGAACUUAUUAUUUAAUGAAUUAAUGUUAAAAACAUUGUAGCCCUCUGUAUAUUACAGAUUUUAUGAAAUACAAGAAUAAUUCCAA